AUGGUCCAUACGAAAUAUAUUAUUUUUACUCUUCUUAAAGUUAUAAUUUUUACGUCACAAGUGUACAGUGAUUUAAAUGAAACAUUAGGGAAAGAAAACGCUCCAUUCGGUUUGCGAAAAUUAAAUAACGCAAGAAAGAGAUUCGGCCCCGUAGUAAUGCUUAACAACCGCAACGCAAACGGCGAAGCCGAACAACAAGAUGCCACUGAAAAAAAUACAAAUAAAAAGGACGAAACUUUGGAAGGGCCUGCACAAAUUGAUACCGAUGGUCCCAGUAUUGUAAAUAAAGAUCCGAUUCCAAUUAAAGCAACUGAAGAUCCAAACGAAAAAGAGGAAAAUGGAAUUCCCCCAAGGUCAGCAAAAGUGUUUCAAGAGAAAAAUUCAAAAGAGAAAUGCUGGAUGCAAGUGGACGCAAAAAAACAUUUUGAAAUAAUGGACGCUUUGGACGAUCGUUUUGCAUCAAUUCGAAAGCAGUUUCAAGAGGCAGCAGAAAACAGCAACUUUAGCAAAGACAUGUUGGAUAUGAUGCUUAAGACUCGAGGAGUUGCGCAGAGGGAAAUUCAUAACGCUGCAGGAGAUCCUAGCUUCAUACCAGCAGGUAUCAAUCUUGGCGGUUACGGCAUGAUGGGAUUGCAGAAUUCGAUUCUAUUCUUUCACAGAAUGAAACUAAGAAACAACACGCAUUUUCGUGUGAAGACUUUGCAGAACGAUUUGGCUAAUAUGGUCCUCACGACACAGCUGUCCUUGAACGACCUUCAUAUUCUCGCCGCUUAUGAACGAGCCAUCAUUCAGAAUGACGCCGCUGACCUUUUCUACGCUCCCACAUAUGGGGAAUUGGAGCUUCUGCUGAGGAAUGUUGAAUACAACAUGGAAGGUCGAUAUCGCAUGCUAAGAGAUAAACUAGCAAUUGAACUCAUGGUUUCUAAUAUCAGUCUUGGUGAUAUAUUGAUGACGUAUCAAAAUAAUGAGAGAGAAAAAACCUCCAUGGGAUUGGAACGAAAAGAUAUUGGCGAAUUUCUGGACAAGCUCAAAACGGCCUUGGACAAAUGGUUAAAAGAUUAUUUCAACGAUUAUCUGAUGUACUUCGGAUUUGUGGGAGCGAAGGCAAAUGAGAAAUUUAUACAAUACAAUCAAGAAAAAACCGUUGCACUGAAUGAAUAUGCAGACGAAGUAUUGGAAAGGAUACGAGGAAGAUUAAAAGAACUAAAACUACGCACUGUACGUUUACCCCAAUUCGCCGUUACCUCCAUUGAUGGAAUGCGAUUUAAACUGACACAAGGUGUUUUGCGCGGUUUAGACACAAUUUACAGGAGAUCAUUAGCAACUGGCAGAAAAGACAACAAAAUACGUAACGUGAAUGCUGUGGUUGGCUUUAGCAGUUUGAAGGCAACAUACCAGUACGAAGCUGAAUUUAAUACAGGUGUACCUCCAAUUACUGGGAAGUUAGUGGUGACAGCUGAUGAACUGAUAGCUCAUAUGGGUUUAACAUUGAUUAAAGACCCUGAGACAUUAGAUCUAAUGUUUGAUUCCAUUCAACAAAUUAACCCGGAAUCGCUAACACUAGAAGGGCCUGCAAAUAGAAUAAUAGCAAGCUUUAAGAAUUUACUCGAAAGACACGUUUUCACCUUCAUUUCUAACACCAUCAUUCAUUACAUAAGAAUGUUGCGUACUAUUACGAGAUGUGAACCAUCAUUAACAUCUGACAUUCAAAAUAAAAAACAAGAACUGAAAUCAAAAAUCGCUACAAAAUCGUCCGAAGAAUUAAAUAGCGAGGCUGAAAAGCCAUUAAACUCAACAAAUGAUAGUGAUAGAAAUAGCGAUGAAGAUGCUAUACCAGAAACAAUUCCUGAUAUUAAUAAAGAUAUUCAGAAAUCGGAAGAAAGUUUUACUGAAGCAGGCCAAAACAGAAAUCUAGAUUUGAACACUAAUGAUGACGCAGGUGACGAAAAGAAUGCAGAAAUUAACUUGUUUAUUAAUGAGAAUAUUCCUGAAGAGAGAACAGAUGCUGAGGACAAAAUGCCAGCACUGGUCAAAGAUGAUGAUGAGGACCCAAAAUCAAAUGAAGUUGAUAAUGGUAACGAAAAUACUCCAACGAAUACAGAAUUGGAUACAAAUAAUGAUAAAGAUAAUAAUGAAAAUGAA